UCGCACUAUUAUUACGUCUCCAACAACAAGAAGCGUCUACUGUGGCAGUUGAGAAGCCAAACACACUUCAGUAUUUAAGAAAGGUUAUGUUCACAGAUACUAACAAAUAAUUUAUAACCCUCCGGACAAUUCAUACUCAUGUCAACGCUGUUGCACAUCGUGAAACGUAUUAGGUUGGUUUUAGAAGUAGCUAGCUAACGUUAACUCAGAACUUAGCAAACGUUGCCUGGAUAGUUAGCAAUCUGGCUAGCAACAUGCCCCAUAUAAUCAAUCCUAAAGUAAAGGGCACAACCAAAGUUUCAAUUAGUGGGAUAACAGUACAUGCUCAAAGCAAACAUUGUCAUCGAAAUAAUGUAUUGGCCGAGAGGAAUCAGGCAGUUGCACCUGUGGGCGCCUGGGUGGAGAGUGGACAAGACUGCCAGGAUGAGCAUCCAAAUGUUCGUGCCCUGCUAACUGAGGAGCUACAGAUGGAGAUUCAACGGGAGAAAGAGGAGAGUCUUCGCCGGUUUCAGGAAGAAGUGCGCCGCCGCGUGGCACAACAGGCUCAAAUCCGCAAGAGGUGGCAGCUUCAGAAGUCAUGCGAGAUGGCAGAGCAGGAGGGGAGAGUGCUCCAGCAGUCCAGCGAUGCAGCGCAGAGAUUGACCCCCAGGAAGAAUCCGUGCUCCUACUCCCCAGAGAGAGAGCUAGCCAUCUGCAGCCCCAACUCCUGCUGGGUUCGAGCACAGGGCUAUGAUAGCAGCAACAGAGAAAACAGGACAGAUCAGCAAACGCAUCAGCUCAGCAAAGUCACGAGGCAGGUCAGACACAGACUGGCAGCCUGUCAGACGGUCCGUGACGGAGAAGUGAUGUCAGAGCUCCCUGGGGGAAUAUGGAAGGUGUAUCCUACCAGAGAUAAACCUGUAUAUCGGGUGACAAGAGAAGAAGAGGAUCAUGAAAAGGAGGAGGAAGAUAUUCCUUUGAUUGGGCAACAUGACUCCCCUCUUCAGAACUUUGACCCUCACGAGGGUCACAGGAGCAAGACUGUCACCUUUGACAACAAUCCAGUCUGUCAGAAGCUCUUUAGUGAGCCUUAUCCUGCAGGUCAUAGUGAUGAUUUGAGGACUGACCAUAGAGCUACUCAAGUGCUGUGGCCCCAAGAAGACCAGGAGGAACUGAAGAGACAGGGUCAGUCUCAGUUUCUGAUGUACCGACGCCUAUUCAUGGACAUUGAGAGAGAACAAGUCAAGGAGCAUCAGAGACAUAGGAAGCACCUGAGGAGAAUCGGAAGGAUAAAAGCAGAAAAGGAACAGACUAGGUUGGAAGAGGAGAGGAGCCUGGAGAGACUGCGGCAGCUCGAGGAGGAUAGACUGGAAAUGGCUGAGAGGGAAUUUCUAAUUCUGGAGCGACUGAGGCUUGAGGAAGGGGAGAGGGCAGAGGUGUUAGAGAAGAAAGAGAGAGCAAAGAAAGAUAAAGAAGCCACAAGGUACAUCGAGGCUCUGAGAGCUCAGAUGAAGGAGAGGAUAGUUCUGGAGAAUACAGAGCUCCCCCCCCUCUGUUGCUGCGGGGACAGUUUCUGGGACUCCCAUCCUGACACCUGCGCAAAUAACUGUGUCUUCUACAACAACCCUAAAGCCUAUGUCCAGGCUCUGCGAUCUGCGCUGUUGAGCUGUGAUCUGAAGGACAGGAGCCACUCCACUCACCAGCGAGCCUCGGCUCGCCAGAUUGCCUCCAUGCACGCCCUUUCACCCAGGAAGGAAACCACAGCUCAUAGGAAGUUAGCCACCUCGCAAAGGAACAAAAAAAAAGAGGACAUUUGAAUUUCAGCCCUCUUUGUUUUUUUAAAAUCAAUAAUGACCUUUAAACAUUUUGUCAUGCUAUUGAUUUUGAAUCAAACCUUGCCGUCUCUCACUCUCAAAUACUUAUCAGUUGUAUUUCCUUGAAACGUGAUGUCCUUUAUUUGGUAUGGUUUUAUUUUAAUUAUCUGUCUUUAGUUAUGUCAAAGAUGUACACUUGGUUUUACGCUGUGCUUAAUUGCUGAAACAUGUCUGAUUUAAAACCUGACAUUUUAUCUUUUGAACCUCGGGAUGAUGCGUCAGUGGUGUUUGUUAGUCCUAUAAUGUAUUUUGGAUGCAGCAGUGGGCAUAAUCACUGGUAGUGUCCUAAUCCUUCCGAUGACAGUAUAUAUUAUUCCAUUCCUAUGGAAAAGUGGGGGAUGAAAAUGUCAGCUGGUUUCAUUUCCUAUAAAAUUGGGAAAGAGUGACUUGUCCUAGGCAACAGACCGAUGAUUAAAUAUUUUUUUUAUAUCAAUGUAUUAUAAUGUCUUACUCACUGCAUUGUUUGGGUGAUUUGUUACUGUUUCCUUUUACGGUAAGAUUUAAUGAAUUUUUUAGUGUUCACCAAAACUGAAUGAAUGUAAAAGGCCUUCCUAUAUGAUAAAUGCUCAUGUUUAUUUUUUA